UUUGGGAAAAGUGGGAAUGCAAUUAUAGAUGAUUUUAUUCUUAAAAAAAAAUUAAAAUGGAUUCCUUAUAAUAAAUUUCAAAAUAUUGAAUAUCUUAAUGAAGGAGGAUUUGGUACUAUAUAUAAAGCUAUUUGGUCAAAUAAUGAUGGAAAUAAAGAUGUAAUUCUUAAAUGUCACAAGAAUUUAAAUGAGAAUUUAAAUGAAUUUUUAAAUGAGUGGAUAUAUCAUGAAAAAUGUUUAAGUUCAAGUGAUAUUAUUAAUUUUCAUGGAUUUACAGAAGAUUCAAGCAUUCCAAAAUAUAUGGUAGUAAUGGAUUAUGCAAACAAAGGUGAUUUAAGAGGAAAUUUGAUGGAAAUAAUGAAAAAUCAUUGGAAGCAAAAAUUAUGCAUGUUGUAUGAAAUUAUUUCUGGACUUAAUGAAAUACAUAAAAAUAAUCUUACUCAUUGUGAUUUUCAUGAUGGCAAUAUUUUAAAUCAUAAUGUUAAGAAUAAGGAUAAAAUUUAUAUUAGUGAUUUAGGAUUAUGUAGACCUGUAAAAUCAAUUUUGAAAAGGUAUGAUAUUUAUGGUGUUAUGUCAUUUAUGGCACCUGAAGUUUUAAGAGGUAAACCUUAUACUCCGGCUAGUGAUAUAUAUAGUUUUUCUAUGAUUAUGUGGGAAUUUACAUCUGGAGUGCCACCAUUUAAUAAUAGAGCACAUGAUAUUUACCUUAGUUUAGAUAUUUGUAAAGGUGAACGUCCUGAAAUUAUUGAAAAUACUCCACAAUGCUAUGUAGAUUUAAUGAAAAAAUGUUGGGAUGAAGAUCCAUUAAAAAGGCCAUCUGCUAAGGAAGUAUUAGAUAUUAUUGAAAAAUGGAUUUAUCUUCCUACAAGAAAGAAAAUUGAAGAUAUUAAUGAAGAAUUAAAACACAGUAUUAUGGAAUUUAUAGAUGCACUACCAAUUGGGCAGCAUAACAAUUUUGCUAUUGAAUCUCAUCCACAAACAUGUUAUACAAGUCGCUUAUUUGAUUUUACUAGUAAAAAAUUGAAUGAAAUUCUUGAAAGUGAAGAUUUACGAAUAAUACUAA